AUGGUGAAAGUGGAAACUGUACAGACGAAACCAUUUCAAGGGCAGAAGCCGGGAACAAGUGGACUCAGAAAGAGGGUUCCCGAGUUUCAACAAGAACACUAUACUGAGAACUUUAUACAAGCUGUUCUGGAUGGAGGUCUAGGUUUCAAGAAGAAAGGGCGCCACCCUUGUCGUUGGCGGCGAUGGAAGAUUCUUGUGCAAAGAAGCUGUAAACGUCAUAAUCAAAAUUGCAGCUGCAAACGGGGGAUCAUUGGGCAGAACGGUUUUCUGUCAACUCCUGCGGUUUCUAAUCUAAUCCGAAAGGGAUUCGAAGGGAAGAAGAUUGAUGGAGGCAUCAUUCUCACUGCUAGUCACAACCCCGGAGGUCCUAAAGCUGAUUUUGGUAUAAAGUUCAACUGCGAGAAUGGUGGACCAGCUCCUGACGCUGUGACCAAUGCUAUAUAUACUAUUACAACACAAAUAUCCACUUAUUCUAUCUGCCCAGAUCUGCAAUGUGAUUUCUCCCAAAUUGGAACAAGUGAAUUUGACGUGGAAAAUGUUGGACACUUCGUUGUAGACGUCAUUGACUCCGUAAAGGAUUAUAUUAAAUCGCUCAUUUCUGGUGAACUCACUGGAAAGCGAUUCGAGGUACUUAUUGAUUCUAUGCAUGGAGCAACUGGCCCAUACGUAUCAACAAUUUUGUGCGAUCACCUUGGAGUUCAACCUCGCGGUUUGCUUCGGACUAAUCCAAAACCCGGACUUUGGCGGUGGCCACCCUGA